CCCCCUUCCUUCCUGCUUUUUCUUUUUGCUCUUCUCUUUCUUUCUUUUCUUUCUUCGCCUCUCUCCUUUUCUCUUUCUUCAAAACGCUGUUUCUUUGACAUUCUGCCUCGUCAGAUAGUCCAUUCUGUCGUCAUUCACAAAAUCCCUUCAUUGCCAUUUAGUCCGUAGCACUGCCAUUAGCGACGUCGUGCAAAAAGUAUAGCGCAAGACAAGAAAUGAUGCCCUACCGAGUACCGCCGCCGCUUGGACUGUCCAGGCCAAGUCGCAGCGGCACGCAUUAUGAGCUUGUCGUGGUGCAGCAACCCAUCCAUGCGCGAUGCUGUGGAUUCGGUGAAAAGGAUCGGCGGCUGAUUGAUCCUCCUAUCAUCUUGCAAUUGUUUACUGUUGCACCAGACGGCGCCAUGAUAAAAGAAACAAAUGCAGACUCAAAGCUUUACGUGGUGCACUGCGACCUGUAUUGCGAAGACAAAAAGGAAAAGCGCAGCGUCGUUUACUUGCCGUCCUCCGUCCCACCCGACUCGAAGCGCAAGCGAGUCGACGACAACAACCCGGUGGAGGAAAAGAUCAUUUCGCUUCGACAGCCCAAGUCGGUCCGCAACCUCACCGGAUCGCUCACCGCCAACGCAUCCCAUCUUGUCAACGAACGUAACGAGUCGGGCACAUAUUUUGUGUUCCAUGAUCUUUCCGUGCGGACCGACGGCAGGUUCACUCUGAAAUUCAUGUUUAUGGAUUUGGCUGCGGGCGACCCGUUCACUAUGAGCACGACUGUGAGCGCAGAAGUAUUUUCGGUUCCGUUCACCGUGUACACAGCCAAAAAGUUUCCAGGCAUGACUGAAUCAACACCGCUUUCGCGAGCGUUUGCCAAUCAAGGCGUUAAAAUCGUGACACGAAAAGAACAUUCGUAUACCCGCGCAUCAGACAAGUAUUACAAAAUGCCGCUCUCUUCUGUUGCUGCAAACGCAGUCGCUGACGCCGCCAGCAGUAGUUCUAGUAGUAGUAAUCUCGGCACUGAUCCUGGUAGUAGGAGUCAAACGAGUCAAGAUAAGCAACCCGUCAUCGAGAGAGAUAAGGCCGCGUUAAACCUCAGCAUUGCAUCCAUCACGCACCCUACCAACAUUGAAUACUACAAGCAACAACCGACCACGACGAUAACAGCCUCCUUUGCUGCUACUUCUUCUGCGGCUGAUGCCCCUUCUUUUCCACCUGCUCCUCCCCCGUUCUCUUUAUCCCCUUCUCUUGUUGCUGCCGCUACAACACAUGGUGCCCACAGCAACAGCAACAGCAAUAACAAUUAUGCAUUUUUGAUACCACCUUUGCCAUCAUCGUCAUCAGCAGCGCCAUCCAGUGGCACCGAUAAAGGGCGGUUAGCCAUCGCCAACUUUCUUGCACAUAGCACGCCACCAUGAUCCCCAACGCCCUGUUCUUUCUCCCCUCCCUUCUUUUCUUUUCCGUAUGUUUGUACUUUAGAAGAAAAGAGCAGCCUUCAUUUAUUUUUAAUAAGAAAGAGAAAUUGUA